GAGCCAUCGAGCGCGGGAACAAAACAGAUAAUGUAGAAUGAAGAAGACUCUGCUUCUCGUCUUCAUUCAUGGGUUCAAGGGCGGAGACGAUACCUUUGGCACUUUUCCAUCGCAUCUACGUGCCAUAACCAGCCACGCCCUGCCCAACAUCGAUGUUGUUGCGGUGACAUACCCCAAGUUCGAGACAAGGGGUGAUUUGCAGGACUGUGUCGCCAGGUUGAGAGAAUGGCUUCAAAACGUUGUGAUAGACAUCGAAGUCUCCAACCAGGCCCCCUCGCCUACCGUCGACCCAUCUGUCCACGUUAUCCUCAUUGGACACUCCAUGGGCGGCGUCGUCGGUGCAGAAGCCAUACGUCUAAUCGCAUCUGAGCAGUUACUCCCUCCGUCUGGCGCUGCGCAUCCAUCAUCGAAAUGGGACGAUGCCAGACACUCAGACGAACGCGCAGCAGGUAUCCAGCCCAACGCGUUUAUGUUUCCUCAUAUCCAGGGCCUCAUGGCUUUCGACACCCCUUUUCUCGGGAUCGCCCCGGGGACGGUCUCCUACACGGCUGAAAGCCAAUACAAAGCCGCCACUGCGGCUUACGGCGCAAUCACAGAAGUCGCCAGCGCGUUUGGCUGGGGCAGUGGCGGCGGUGGCGGCUCUUCGGCUUCGAAAAAGGAUCGCAAGGAACCACCCGCCGCCCUUCCACCCGCAACCAAAUCUACUGAUGACGCUGCGGCCACACCAUCAUGGCAGCGCUGGGGACGGUACGCCAUGUUCGCGGGCGCCGCGGGUGCCGUGGCAGCAGGCGGAGCAGCGGCUUUAUACACCCAACGCGACCGGUUCUCAGCGGGCUGGACGUGGGCGACCUCGCAUCUCGAAUUCGUCGGGUGUCUAGCUCGUCCGGAGGAGUUACGUCGUCGCAUCUCCGCCAUUGCGCGGCUGCAUGUAGACCGCGGAAUAGGCGCCGCGAAUUUCUACACACGACUUGGCCGCAGCGCAAUCACCGUGCCCUCCGAGGUGUCAACAGGUUCUGCCCAGCAACAACAGCAGCAGCAGCAGCAGUUCUCAAUAAGGGAUGUAUUACGCUCGAAGAUCCGCACGUUUUGCAAUCUCCCACAAGAUGUGGAGGAAAAGAAAGCGCGGGAUGAGGGCAAUUCUCGCGAUCUUGAGUCGAAUGAGGGGCUGGAGUGGAUCGAGGUAGUAAAUGAUAAUGCCCAAGAUGAAACCAAAGCGCAUAUGAGUAUGUUUUCGCCUGCGGAUAACCCGGCAUUUUACGAGAUGGCGCACCAGACGAGAGAUUUGUUGAUCAGAUGGGUUGAUAAAGGAUGGUACUCAACCGCAGGCAGUGCUCCGGGGAAGGAGAGUGAGGAUCGUUGACAAGGUGCCCACAGGGAUGAAAGGUCAUCAAAUCUACCCGUAUUAUAUGAGAAAAAGCAUCUUCCAUAGAUCAAAGGAUAUAAUAUUUAGAGCGCAAUUAUCUAUUAAAAUUAAUAUAAAAGGGAAAAUAUGACACUCGA